AUGGAGAAUUUGCAAUCCACUUUCAAUUCCAACACCACAUCAGCAAAUGAAGCAUUAAAGAGUCUGGGCUCUCUCUUCAAGACUGAGAAGACGAAACUCCAAGAGAUUCGUAUUGGUCUUAAAACUGAUCAUGAAUCUUUUCAAGCCACUAUCUCGUUUCAGCUUUCUCAGCUUAAAGACGAACUGGUAAAGGAGAGUACCCUCAAGGACUCUCUCGCUCUCAAGUCAGAAGAAGCCAAGGUGUUAAGCACCAAACUCAAAGCUUCGGAGAAGCAGGUCCUUGAUCUGUUAUCUAAGAAGGCAGUCAUGCGAAGCUGUAUAACUUAUGUUACUGGAAUGCUCUCGGAUAUCAUUGAGACCAGGGACUCCAUGAUCACCAUCACCAUGCAUAAGCAUCUAGCAGAAAAGUUAAGGCCAGUCUUCACCAUGCUUCACCGCCUUGAAGGUGUUUCUGAUAAAUCCUUUCAUCCGAAACAAGGGCGAGAAAGUGUGGCUGGUGGAUCAAGAAAAGAAGGACCUAAAGCUCCUGUCAAGCCUAUUGUCAAGAACGAACCCAAAGGCAAAGAAAAGUUGUUCCGUGACGACCCAAUAAUUAAUAAUGAAGACGAAGAAGAGCCGACUGAAGAAGAACUGAAAACACGAAAAGUUCGUGAAGCUGAACUGGAUGAGCACCAGCAAAUCAUCUGUGAAGCUGAAGAAAAAGAAAGGGCUGAGAAAGAAGCACAUGAUACUCUUCAGAGCAAAAAGAUCUUAUUCCCCAAAUGGACCUUGAAGCGAAUCUAG